AAUUAAAGUGAGGCUGCUAUUACGUAACGCAACAUUUUGUAGGUCAGUGGACAUUUAAACCCCAUUGUGACUGAGAGGGGGACAGAGAAAGGCGGUUACUCAACUGAAUCAGAACAAACGUGAACACUACAAGAGAAAGACGUGGAGGGUGAGAACGAAACUCAAAAGAUCUCGGAUUAUUAUAGAACGACUUGUUUAAUAUUUUGAUUCAACUGUUCAAUAUGACGAUAUAGAUUUCCAAACUCCAUCUUCUGAUCCAUUAUAAAACAACUUUGUCCGGUAAUUUCAAAUAGACAACAGUUUCAUGAGACCGUUCAAAAUUACAACAACUGUGUAGAAGUGGGUAUUACGGAACGGCUAAACUCGAAAACAACGACUGAAUAUAGACAACAGUUUCAUGAGACCGUUCAGAAUUAUAACAGCUGUGUAGAAGUGGGUAUUACGGAACGGCUAAACUCGAACACAACGACUGAAUAUGGAGAUGCUUAUUGAAGACCAAGCCUCACAAAUUGUUCCGUUUUCUUACUUGACUACCGAAACGCCGGUCAACACCACCGACAGUACAGCGGAAACGUUAAAGACAAGUGUAGUGGAAGAACCCAUCGCAACCGUCAUUGCGACGUACCUUUGGGACAUAGUUCCGCCCAUGCUGUUGCUACUGGGAACGGUUGGGAAUAUUUUGACUAUAGUUAUAUUCAGUAGAAAAGCUUUUAGAUCGACAAUAUCCCGAUAUUUAACAGUUUUAGCUGUCAGUGACACAGUCGUUUUGUAUUCCGGGUUAUUAAGGCAGUGGUUAUAUUACCUCGUAGAGUAUGACAUUCGAUCAUAUCAUCUUGUAACAUGCAAACUACUUACCUGGUUAAUCUAUACUUCAUUGGACAUAUCCGCCUGGACAAUCGUAGCUGUGACAAUUGAAAGACUAAUUUCUGUUUACUUUCCACAUAAAGUUAAAACCUUUUGCACCACAAAAGUGUGUUACUUUGUUUUAAGUUUCGUCAUUGUUGCCUGUUCGCUUGUAAACGGCCAUUUUCUAGUUGGGUUGGAACUUCUGGAGGCUGCCGUAGAUUCCUACACCUGUGCUACGAACAAUGCAGACUAUUUAACAUUUUUGGAAGAUAUUUGGCCGUGGAUGGAUUUAUGUGUCUAUUCGUUAUUACCAUCGGGUUUGAUAAUUGUAGGAAACGCUUUACUCAUUCGACAAGUUUUCUUCUCAAAUUUACAAUCACAAGAAUCCAUGUCCGAUAAACGACAACAGAUGAAUAGACAGAAGAAAAUGUCGUCAAUGACCACCAUGUUGAUCGCUAUAAGUAUUCUGUUUUUAAUCUGUACCACUCCCAUCUCCAUUCAUAUUAUAUUAAGCAGUUAUUUACCAUCUCCGACACCAGAACAAGCGGCGGAACAAGGUCUAAUAUGGUGUGUGGAGAAUCUACUCAUGUACUCGGGAAACGCCAUUAAUUUUAUUCUGUAUUGCUUCAGUGGUUCCCGAUUCCGAAAGGAGAUCGCAGCGAUGCUGAGGAAUUCGAGUUGCGGUGUUCGAUUGUCGAGAUAUAGAAAUAAUGACAACGUGCGAUCUAAGAGAACUAGUAAUAACCAUGGCACCAAUGCAUCGAGAAUUGUCAGUAAAACUAUAUCAACAACAUCUAUUAUAAGUUCUUCAGAUUCGGUUUCAGUGGUCGGAAUCUCGUUUAGUACACUGCCUGAAUAAUCAUGAUAUGCAGAAGAGGAAACCAAAAGUUGUUGGAUUUGGCGUUAGGCAAGAUGAUUCUAAAUCUGAUUAAAACACAGAGCCUAUUUCGUUUCGUUUUUAUAGUUCAAAAUUUCGUUUUACUUUUUACUACACUAGGAUCUGGAAGAGUUUUUAUUAUUGACGUGUUC